ACUUUGAACAACUAUGGAAAAGAAGACCCAAAAGAAAAUGCUUAUAGAGAGGAGGAUACAACAUCCGGAGGAAGUUGAACCAUCACAAGAUAAAUUUGCUAUUAGAAUGAACGUGUACUGUUUACGGAGUAAUUAAUUAUGGAGAUAUGGGAGGUAUAAGGACAAGUAUAAAGAACUCCAAAUCCAUGAUAGGGAGUUUUAUACUAAUAAAGUUGAUCACUUGCAUAAUAAGUAACAACUCGUUACCAAACAGAGAAAGAGGAGCCGAGGGAUCUCUUUUUCCAAGUUCCUCUGUCCUCGGGUACUUCACAUUCCCAACCGAGCUUGCGUUGUUUAUUGGUUGCCUCUUCACCCGUGUCAGAAUUUAUUGCACUGUCACGUUCCCCUUCAGGAUUUUAGCGAGCUUGUGCUGUAAGCUGCCAUUUUGAUAGCAUGUCAUCCCCUCGAACAGUACACUAUGCAUAUUAAUUUAGUGACAGAUCAAUUCGGACAAAAUGGGAGAAACCUAAAAAAAGCUCACUUCCUGAAACCUAGUUUCAAUCUCAAAAACAUUAAAAACUGUGGAUGCUUGGUACAAGACAUAGCAAAACCCUAGAAACAAGUGAAACUUCUUUUAAUUCUGAUACCCAGUUGUGUUAUAUUGAAGAAGAUGAAAAUCUUGAAAGAGAUCCUAUGUCGAUCAAUGAUCAACAGUCAUCUGAUGGUAAUGACAAUGGGGAAACAUCUUUUAGUUAUGAUGAUACCCAUUUAUGUCUUACGGGAGAAGAUGAAAGAGAUUCUACCACAACUAAUAUUCAACAUUCACCUGAUGGUAAUGACAAUGAAAACCUGCAAGAAGAAGAUUAUACAUAUGAUAAUGACCAGGGUAUUGGUGAAUGUUUACUUGGACGUGAAGUUUUAGAUCUCAAUGAUGCACUAAAUUUAUACAAGGCACAUGCAAGAGCUCUCGGAUUUAGUGUUAGGAAGGGGACUUCACGGAGAAGAGGUAAUAAUAGUGUCAUUUUUGAAAAGUACUUUGUUUGUUCAAAGGCUGGUUUAAGAGGCAAAGGCAGAAAAGAAGUGCGAACGAAGAGCGUUAUUGGGAUCCCCACCACAGAAGGAUCAGAAUCUAUUGCCAGCCAAAGGAAAAGGAAAGUUAGAGUGGUCAAUGAGACACGUACAGAUUGCAAAGCAUAUAUACGGUUUAAGAUGACUAAGGAAGGCAAAUUCGUUGUUACUGAUCAUAACAUAAUCCAUAACCAUGACUUUGUUAAACAGGAAGAAUGUCAUUGUCUAAGAUCAAAAUUAUCUACCUCAAAAUGUGUAGGCAAAGUUAUUGAAACAAUGGUAGCUUCAGGUAGUAAGCAAAUGGAUUGCUGCAAGUACCUAUGCAUGGAAGAUAGGGGUAAAGAACUUGAUGGUGACACAAAGACUGACUAUCUGAAAUUUGUUUCAAUGUUAAAGAUGAAGAACACAAAGGGUGGUGACAUGCAAAAUGUAUUAGAUGUCAUGCAACAAAGAACAAGAGAUGAUAGUUCAUUCUUCUAUAGGGUAAAAGUCAACGAUGACAAUCAGAUUGUGAGCAUAUUUUGGCGUGAUUCAAUGAUGGUAGAAGACUACAUGGCAUAUAGGGAUGUAUUAAUAUUUGACACGACGUACAGAAUAAAUAGAUAUAGUUUGAUAUGUGCCCCAUUUGUUGGAAUAAACAAGCAUUGGAAAACCACAAUGUUUGCUUGUGCCUUUAUUUCCGAUGAGAAGACGGAGACGUUUGAGUGGUUAUUGGAAACCUUCAAGAAUUCUAUGAGUGGACUUGUACCGAAGUCCAUAUUCACCGACCAAAACCUACCGGUGACCAAUGCAGUUGCAAAGGUAUUCCCAACUGCAAGACUUCGUUUAUGUAUAUGGCAUCUCCAAACAAAUUUCAUAUCACAUUUUGAUAUGCUCAAAAGCAAUCCUACUUUCAAGGAUGACUUCAAUAAGUGCUUGACUGGAUGUGACAAUGAAGAAGAGUUUUUAAAAUGCUGGACUGAGAUGAUCAGCACGUAUGGCCUUGAAGAAAGUUUUUGGUUCUCACGGUUAUACGAUUUGAGGGAUAAGUGGUGUACAGCUCUAAGCAAAGACUUCUUUUCAGCUCGAGUUUUGUCUUCACAGAAAGUAGAAGUGAUAAGGAAAGCUAUAUCGUUCAGAUCUAGUGAGACAACGAGCUUAUUUGAGUUUUACCGCAUAUUUGAGGAUACAGUGAAAAGUUGGCGUAGCAUGGAGGAAAGUGACAAUUUCAAAUGUACAACUGAAAGACACCCUGCAAGCGAAUCACGGUGCAAACUCUUAAAACACGCAGCUGAAGUAUAUACACUGGAUUUGUUUGAUGACUUUCAAAAAGAGUUUGAUAUGGCAAUGGGUAGUUACAUACGAGUGGUAGCUGCUAAUCAAGGGAGUUCCAAGAUUUAUGAAGUAUCUCUUAAUGAAGACUUCACACAAAGUCACAACGUUCGAUAUGAUGAUCAAUUGCUCGAACUUUCUUGUACGUGCAUGAGUUAUCGAGAAUGUGGAUUACUAUGCUAUCAUAUUUUGAGAGUUAUGCACAUGCAUUGCAUUUUCGAGAUCCCAGAAAAAUACAUUAUGAAACGUUGGACGAAGUUGACAAAGUCUGAGAUUUGGACUAAAAACAAAGAUGACGAUGCAUCAACUCUUGAGGGCGAGAAAGAGCUGCAGACACCAUGGAGUCACUCAAUGGCUCGUAGUUUCUACAAUCUCCUGACCACAUGCCAAUUCGACGAACAUGCAAGGAAAGUAUGCGAAAAUGGGUUAAAUGACAUGCACAACGCUCUCAAACAAAAUCUUUAAUACAGAUGAUCCAAACACUGAUGAUGACUAUGGAGGUAAAGAGAAUGCUUUCAUCUCUAUAAAUCUAUAAUCAAUGAACUAGAAUGUGACUGGUUGGUUACUUAGGCAAUGCAGUUGUUGAGAAAUAGAGGUAAAGGGUGCAGUUGUGUAAAAGCAAUGACUUGCUAUACACUUGGAUGCAGAUAGAGCAUCUGUCUGAAAUUUGUUCUGUGGUCUGAGGUAUACAUACAUAUGCAACAAAGAAUUUAAAUAAUGCUUCUAAAGUUUAUGUUAAAUACGGGCGUGGUCAGGCUGGGGGCGCACCUGUCAUCAAGAAAGAGAGUCCACUUAACAAGUCCUAAGGAGGUUCCACCUUAAAACCAUGUGGCAAUAAGGGGAGUCGUCUCUUGGCCUUAUUAAGUGGUUAACUCUCCUCUUUUAUUAAUGUGUGACUCUCACACAUGAUGUUCCAUGGGUCGAUCUGAACACUUCUCUUCAGGUGUGAGGUCCCUUUUUCAAUAUGGGUCACAUGUGAUGUUUCAUGGGUCAGAGUGUAUCAUUUUAUCUCAUUAUUGCCAAUUUGAAAACCAACAUAAGUUGGUGGAGUUGGUGCGAAACUCACCUUGUGACCUGGAGGUCACAGGGUCGAGCCCCAUAAGCUGCGAAAUGCUCGGGAGUGGCUCAAGCAUACACCUGCGUAGCUGAACUAACUAACCUGUGAUUGGUGCUGGUUUAGUAGGAUCCCUUCUUUAUGUUGUUAGAGGUUGCUUUGUUCGUCACAUCUCAAUCUCAGCAAAUGUUGGUGUAUUCAGAUGAGACCUUGACCGAUACUGCGAUUUGGAGAUAUGUGAGAUGCUGUUUAGGUUUCGCGAUUUUAAGAGUAUAGACGGCUUUGUUCAGUUAUACAGAACCUGGAAUUAGUAUAUUAGUAUGCUGCUACAUAAUCAGAGAUUCAGAGGUGAGUGAGCUGUUAGAUUUUAUAUUGCUAGUUGCAGCAGAUUUGAACUUUCCUAAUAGCAUCAGUUGUAAAUUCCACCCUAGUUUUUAUUGUAGAGACUAGCUUUGAGAAUUAUGCUUUAUUUUAUACUUGAAUAGACAUGUUCAAUGGACCGGGUUAGGGCUGGCCCGGGGCAAAGUUAAAUGGGGCGGGCUGGGCCUGACAUGUAAUCUUCAUUGUGAAUCAGUUGUUGUAUAGAACUGUUAGCUAGGUUGUAAAAUUCCAUCACUGAUUUGAUUUGGUCGUCAAUAUUAUUAUUAUUAUUCUCAAA